AUGCGCCAUGCUGACCUCGAGACUGCGGGGACCAGAGAGCCACUGCGACCGCCUGCCUGGCUCGUGCUGAUCUCAGCGGGAGCAGUCUCUGCCGCUGGGUUAAGCCCAGGGUGCUGGGCGACGGCGCGCCCCGAGUUUCACAACUUACUGCCUAAGGGAAGCAACCGCAGGUCCUGCCUCUGCCUCCCUCCACCACAUCCUCUCCUUUCCCUAAAAUCCUUAGGAAAGGCAAUGGGGGCGCUGCUGGCACUCUGUCUCCUCCUGGCCUGGCUGCGCUGGGGCCCCGCUGGGGCGCAGCAGGACGGCGAGUAUUGCCACGGCUGGGUGGACGCGCACGGCAACUACCACGAAGGUUUCCAGUGCCCGGAGGACUUCGACACGCUGGAUGCCACCAUCUGCUGCGGCUCCUGCGCCCUACGCUACUGCUGUGCUGCCGCCGAUGCUAGGCUGGAGCAAGGGGCUUGCACCAACGACCGAGGCGAGCUGGAGCACCCGGGCAUCACCGCGCAACCAGUCUACGUGCCAUUCCUGAUCGUUGGCUCCAUCUUCAUCGCCUUCAUUAUCCUGGGCUCCUUAGUAGCUAUUUACUGUUGCACCUGCUUAAGACCUAAACAAACAUCUCAGCAGCCCAUUCGUUUCUCACUUCGAAGCUAUCAGAAUGAGACCCUACCCAUGAUUCUGACCUCCACUAACCUCAGGACGCCGUCAAGGCAGUCCAGCACUGCGACCAGCUCGAGCUCCAAUGGAGGCUCCAUUCGAAGGUUUUCUUUCGCCAGAGCCGAGUCCGGUUGUUUGGUGCCCUCACCUCCCCCACCUUACACAUCAGGCUGUUUACAGACAGGUCAUUCAAUCCGCCUGACCCAACCAUCUGGAUUCCUGGUGUCACCGCAGUAUUUUGCUUAUCCCCUCCAGCAGGAGCCAACACUUCCUGGGAAAAACUGCUCGGACUUCAGCCCAAGUUGAUAGGAAUAAUGCAGCUGAGAGAAAGACAAGUGGAGUGUGUUUUGAGUUAUGUUCAUGUUAAUACUUAGAUGAUGUUCUG